CAGACGAGACGCAACCAUCUGAGUUAAGCAACCAAAAUGGCAUGUGGGAGAGAAGACUCAAGCUUCCUCGAUUCGACAGCAUGAGUGCCCCUUUGUUUGUACAAGAACGCCUCAUUGCGGUGUGCGUUUGCUUAACGUGCUGUUUCACUUUGGUGGCGUGCGCCUCAAAAUAAACCUCGCUUCAAUGCUUCCGACCACACGGCACUCUUGGAAUCACAAUCGCAAAGCGUCUAGACAAGACCAAAAACACAUCAGAUAAGGUCUAGUGUAACAUCUAGCCACCUGACAGGGACAAAGUUUGGGGUUGGACCCACUAAUCCCCAACUUACCCCGCUGCCAGUAUGCACAUUGAGAUCGGCAGAUGUUUUCAGGCGAACAUGGGCGAAUUGGCUGAAAUGAAAUUAGCUAUAUCUCCAGGAGUUGCAACUGUUGAGUUCAUGGGUUGUUUUCUUCAGAGUUGUCAGUUACCUUGAACGAUCAAAUCAACCUUGAUACGUUUUCUGUAUCUCAUUCCAUACCACAAUUCGACUUCACCAUGGCGGACCAACCCAAGGAGAGCGUGACGUCCCACUGGAAAUGUCUUCUCGCUUGCACCCUAAUGUCGAUGUGCCCAUUUCAGUAUGGUAUUGACUUUGGUAUCAUCGGAGGUUUGCAAGCAAUGCCUGGCUUCCUUCAGGUUUUCGGAAACGUAGACCCUUCGACGCCUCUGGGGUACAACAUUUCGCCUGGGCGUCAGCAACUCAUCUCGUCCUUGAUGAUCUUGGGUGCUUUCCUCUCUUCCUCUGCUGCCGGUCCCAUCGCGAAAUUCAUUGGCCGAAAGGCCAGUAUCUGGGUUGCGUGUAUCCUCUGCAUCGUUUCAAAUGUUGUGAUGAUGACAACUACAUCGAUCGGUGGUUUGUAUGCCGGAAGACUAGUAAUUGGCCUCGCCAAUGGGAUGUACAUGACCUUCUCCCAAUUAUACCUUCAAGAGUGUGCUCCAGCACGGUAUCGCGGUCUCACUGUGGGUGCUUUCCAGAGUUGGACUUCGAUCGGUACUCUCAUCGGUACCAUUAUUGAUAACUUCACGGUGAAGCUGGGUGGAAGACAAGCCUAUAUUGUGCCUCUGGGCAUCGUCUAUGUCGUUCCUGGGUUGCUAUCUCUUGCCCUUUUCUUCAUCCCAGAGUCACCACGAUGGCUCCUCCAGAUGGACAAAGAAGAGGCAGCGCGGAAGUCCUUGCUUUGGCUGCGACCCUUCCCUGAGACAGUGGAAGCCGAACUCUACGAAAUGAAGACCGCAAUCGAUGCCGAGAAAAGUCUUGCACAGAACUCAGAAAUUGUUGACCUCUUCCGCAAUCCAGUUGAUCGCCGCCGAACUCUCCUCGCCGUCGGCGCCGUCACUCUCCAAGCAGCAUCUGGUGCUAUGUAUAUGAUCUCUUACGGCACAUACUUCUUCGAGAUGGCUGGUGUGGGCAAUGCGUUCGAGAACUCCUGCAUCUUGACCGGUGUUGGUGUCUUUAUCAUUUUGGUCAACUCUGCUAUCAUCACUAGAUAUGGCCGUCGCAGAGUGUUCCUGACAACAGGAUUGAUCAUUUGCGGUAUAUGUCAACUUAUUAUCGCGGCAGUCUACACGGUCAACCCUGGGAAACAGUCCACUGGAAAGGUCAUCGUUGGCAUAUCCGUUCUAUAUAUCAUGGGGUACAACGGAAUGGUUGCGACUUAUGCCUGGCUUUGUGGAGGAGAGUUUCCUUCCCAACGACUUCGAUCCUAUACUUUCGGUCUCGCUUCAGCUAUCGGCUUCCUUGGGGCAUGGCUCACCACCUUUACUGCGCCUUACUUUAUCAACCCGUCAGCACUCAAUUGGGGACCAAAGUAUGGAUACAUCUGGACUCCCAGCUGCUUCAUUGGCGCUGCUUGGGUGUGGUUCUAUCUACCUGAGGUCAAGAACCGUACUUUCGAGGAAAUUGACGAAAUGUUUCUGGCACGUAUACCAGCACGCAAGUUCCGCGGUUACAAAUGUAUCGGUGCGGCAGCUCUUGCUGUCGAUGAGAAGGUCCCGCGUGUCAGUGUUGAGGAGGUUGUUUGGACGAAUCCAAAGGCCGCCACUGAAGCUGCCGUGCAUGUGGAAUGAGUGAUGGGGAUUUUGCCACGAGAAAUCAGGGUUGGAGUAAUAAAGACCGGAGUAACUGUCAGGGCGAACGAGUGAAGAGACGUAGUGACAGAUAGUAUCUUGUCCACAGUGACGAGUUUUGCUGCUUUAAUAUUCACGACAUUACCC